UUUUAACAUUUUUGGUUAAGACCAUUGUCUAGAGCAAUCUGCUAUGUAAAAUAUCAUUUGGGUUGACAUGGUUCAAAAGGGAAAUGUGUUCGCUUUUCAGGGAAGAUUUCCUAGACGUUAAUGAUAAAAAUAGAUUAAGUAGUUGCCAGCAGUUGGUUGUGUCCAGUUUGUGUUUACUUCAUUGGGGUUAGUGUGUUAAUGCUUAAGCGGUCACACCUCAUAUCUUCACCCAUAUUUACAACAAGGAAUUCUCAUAAUACAUUUGUAUUUUAUUGGUGUUAGACUUGCUUGGUCGUAAAUUGGGGCAUUGCUUUUGAGUCCCCUCCCACCGUUACUCAAUGGCGCGAGCGGGCAACCUGAGGUGUGUGUGUGUGUGUGUGUCUACUUUAUUGUGAUGUGUGAGGAGCCCAGAGGGUUUGUCUUAACACACGGGGCUAAUAAGGCUUCUGUACCAGUAGAACAGCAUGCCACCGGAAAGGUCACAAGUUUGAUCUUUCCUUGUAAUGUCACAAUGGUGACAUUAAAGCAGACAGCCUUUUUACUCAAUGGACCUCAGCUAUUUGGUGGCCUGGUGCAGCAGAUACUGCAAAAUCUCACCUUGCACAGUAGCUCACGCUAGCACCAAAGGUGAUAAUGGCUCAAGGGUAUAGCACCAGACACUUGAGGGGAGAGGAGAAAUGCAGAGAAAAUGUAAGGAGAAAUGAAAAAAGGGAUCUUGAGUAAUUCAAACGUUUUUCUCCUUCAUCGUUCUCCAUCAUCAGACAAUUCCAUCCAAGGACCCUAUUAACCUUGACAGUGAACCCCUGUUCUCUGGGUAAUAAGAGAGCCAAGGUCAGCCUCUUUUAUCCAAGUCAGGACAUGAGGACCUUGUGGGGGACCGUGAUUAUCACCUAGUAGCUCAAAAUAAUCACAAGUCUAAUACAUGUGUGAUGGUAAACUAUUACAUUAUUUUCAUAUGUGAUAAUUGUUCCUAGUAUGAAUCAUUGACUCUUACAUCUCUGAAACAUUCCAUAUGAUGUGAAUGUUCUGCCAAUAAACACAGCUAUGUUGGCUCCCCAGCAGUACUCAGAACAGCCAUGUCUGAGGGACCGAAAAAGACAAAGUACUCAGCGACUCGCAGGUUACUGCUGAAGCAAAAACUGCUGAAGAAAGCUGGGGUCUUGCUGGUCCAGGAGCAAAGCAACAAGGUGACGGAGAGGGAAAGCACCUUGAGCGAGAGAGUACCACCGCUGAAACUCUCCGGCCUAUCUGUGCAAGAGCUUCAGGAACUCUGUAAGGAACUGCACAGGAAAUGUGACACAGUGGAUGAGGCACGAUACGAUAUCGAAGCAAAAGUGCUCAAGAAUGAGAAAGAGCUCGUGGACCUGAAUGCAAAGAUCAACGAGCUGAAAGGGGGGAAGAGACCUAACCUCAAGAGGGUCAAGAAGUCUGCCGACGCUAUGCUGGGGGCUCUGACUGAGGCCAAACUCAGCUCCAAGGCGGACUUCAAGUCCAACCUGAAGACAGUCAAGAAGGACAAGAAGGAAGAGGAGAAAGCAGACCCAGGUGACUGGCGGAAGAAUGUGGAGUCCAUGUCUGGAAUGGAGGGCAGAAAGAAGCUUUUCAAUAGCUAAAACAGUUACAAAUGCACUGGCUCUGUCGAGAUCUGUGGCUGCAUUACCUGAUUGUUUACUAAUUCUUAUUUUGGAUUUCCCGAAAAAUAUAUAUUUUUUGCAGUGAGAUUGUGUUUUUGGGGAAAGUAUGAAGUGUGAGGUAUUUUACACUAAAGACUGAGGGAACUAUAAAGACUGUGAGAACUAAUCAAUAUUUUUACUAAAACCUAUUUAGUGUGGGCUACAUGAUUUUGAUUCCUAUCAAGAGAAAAUAGUCAAAUGUGGAACAACCUAAUAAUACUCAUCAUAUUAGUUCAUUUUGUAAAUAUUAAAUUCCAGUUUGUUAUUAAAACACCAAUUAUUCUGUUUUGGUUUAUCUGCCAAUAUUUAUGAUUUUUUUAAAAUAUGAUGAAGUUAGUUGUCUUUCAUGUUGUUUACUUUUGCCAUAAUGCAAUAUGAAAAUCUUAAAAACACAUACAGUGUAGAUGCUGUUAAUUACAUGGACAAGCCACUCAAUCUGUAGUGUUGGAUUUUCAAGAGCAGUUCUCCUUUCAGGCUGUGGGUGACACUAUAGACAAGCUAUUGUACUAUUUAACCAAGGUUGCCAUUUUCACCUCUGUCACUUCAGUUCAAUCCUAUCACCACUAGGGUGUGUUAUAGCAUUACCCUUUCAUUUAAAAGUUGACCUGUGGGAGGUUUGUGCUUACAAAUGACACCUGGGGGUAUCAUUCACUACCACUGAUCUUUGGUUAUCAAUGGCAAAGUCAGUAAUCAUCUUGAUGAUCACAAUCUCCCCUGGGCCAGAGACGUUUGAAUAGUCGUGUAGUUCCAGUGAAUUAUACCAAUAAAGAGAACGAAACUGGUUGAAUUCAGCAGACAUAGACAUAAGCACUUUCUAAAAUGGGUACCAUACUGCGACCAAUACGCUGCUACAAAUGGCCUAUAAAACCAGUCAUAAGAGUGUCUUAAGUCCAUAAUACUGUAUUGGAUAGGGGAGGCAAUGUUUUAGCAGAGAACGAGCUGGCUAGAGGAAGGGAAACGCAGUAUGGAAAAACGCAUCCUCUCUGCAGAUCAUACAGAUGGAGCAGAGACACACAUAGGUGUGUAACCUGCCAUCGGGCCACAAAGGGUGGGGGAAGUCAAGCAGCACGCUUCUGCAAAUAUGCAUUCAUUUUUAUAUGGCAGUGAUGUGUUAUAGUUUUUUUCUGUGAUAAAGGACAGCUACUGUCCCUAACCCUUUCCACAGCUCUCUUUGGCAUGAGACACAUUUGCCUGUGCUGGUAGGAAAAUGGUCAAGGCAAAUGUGAUGGGAGUAAACAUUUACAAUGUCUGACAGGGGCUCUAAAACUAUAAACAUGCGGUAUCCCAUUUGUUGUGGGAGACAGAGACACUCUAUCCAUUUUGUUUCUAUUUACUGUACAAUGUGAUUCUUUGGGUUGCUGAUACUCCUCUAAUAAAGUCAUCUUUACGUUU